CGCCGAGCGCCGUCCGCAGCCCGCGCUGCGCACACCUGGGCCGCAUCCCAGCCCAUUAGUGCGGCAGAGCCGCUGCGUUUAGUGUAGUGCGUGGGUUUUGCAUAGGUUGAAAUUAGAGUUGGGUUAAACUUGGGACCUCCGGGAAGAGGACCCAUUUGUUUUUGGUUUGGAUUUUUUUGUUGUUGUUUUUGUGGGGGUUUUUUUGGUAUUUCCCCCCGCCCUUCCAAAAUGGCAGCCUCCAGCCGCGCACAAGUGUUAGAUCUGUACCGGGCGAUGCUGAGAGAGAGCAAGCAUUUCAGCGCCUACAAUUACAGAACUUAUGCUGUCAGGAGGAUAAGAGAUGCCUUCAGAGAAAAUAAAAAUGUAAAGGAUCCUAUAGAAAUUCAAGCUCUAGUGAAUAAAGCCAAAAGAGACCUUGGAGUAAUCCGUCGACAGACAUAGAAAGAUGAACUAUCAUAUAUUCGAAUUCAAGGACAACAUAAAAGAAAAUACCAGUUUUUCAGAAUUUCCAGGAACUAAUCCUUCUGGGAAGCUGAGCUUUCAUGGUUUCCUAAAUGUUGAUGCGUUCAGUGUGAGAGAAUUCAAGAUAAUGACUGGUUUUCAAUCUAUAUCUUUGUAAGAUGUACCGCAUGUGCAUAUGUGAACAUAUGUUGGAGUAUAAAUGUAUUCUCCUUUUCCAAGUAUUUUUUUCAUCAAAAUUCAAGAUGAGUAGUAUGGGUGAUGAACCUGAAUUAAGUUGCCACAUGGAAGGUCUGUCUGGAUACAGAUGGUAGAAAGCACAACUGCUUGGAUGCUGACCCGUUAUAGAACCCUGAAAGGUGUUUUGUUUUCAUUCUGUACCAAGGAUCAUGCUUUUCUCACUCAUAAAGUAUUGGAGCAUCUGGGGCAGCAUGGUCUCCUAGGUGGUGUGAUUCCUCUGCAGAAGGAAUUCGAGUGUCACAUGCUAAAGUAACCGAUUGGUUUUUUCACUCUCUGAGAAAAUUGCUCUUUUCACUGCUGUUCUUUACUUUAGCAGCAGUCACACCAUAAGCUCCGUUUCAGCUGUUAUCUGUUUUUCCUUUCUUAUUUGCAGUAAAUUUGUUUGUAAAGUGCGGAGAUGAAUCCCUUACCAUUUUCAGAGUUCUGCCAUAUUGCUUUGUGAAGGCCUUCCUUGGUAUACUCAGGAGAUGACUGCUUGGCUGACAUUUCGUCAGAUCUGAUCUUUUCUUGACCCUUCUUGCCUGACUUGGAACAGAACUCAAACAGGAAACAACAUUAAAAACUGUAGCUUGAAUUUUAUAUCAAGAUUAA